GCGUGGUGGCUGGGCAGGGCUGAGCCCCCCGGGUGGAGAGGGGAGUGGGGGGGGCACGGGGAGGCUCAUCCCAGCUGCCGCUGGGUGGUCUCUGGCCGCUCUCCUCUCGCUCGUCGGGGCGGCGGGGCUGACCCCACUGCGGCCACAGCGGCUGCGUGCACCCGCGCCAGCCCCGCUCGGGAAGGCAGCUGCGGGGCCCGGCGGGAGGGAUGGUGGCGGCUGUGCCGGGACCGCCCCUGCGCCGCAUGCGGGGCCGCACUGCGGGCCGGGCUGGCGGCAGCGGCCAUGCUCCAGCAGGGCUGGGGGAGCCGGGCCCCACCGUUGACGGGCGGCCGCUGGCAGCGUGUGCGCUGCGGGAGGAGGAGAGCUGAGCCUUCACCUGCCAGGCCCCCCAGCCGGCCCCCAGCACCGCGCUGACGUGGUACCUCGACGGCCAGAAGCAGAGGGCGACCUGCCAGCACCCCCGCCCCCACCGACCACCAGCUCUGCUGCUCCCCGACUGACCCAGCCUCCGGGGCGACCUACGACGUCUCCGUCACCCUCGACGCGCAGCGUAAGGUCUGUGGCGCCAGCCGGAGUGUGGGGAGGGCGCGGGGGGCUGCUGCCCGUGGCCUGUGUCCACGUAGCGGGGCAGCAUCGCACCAGUCCUGAGCGAACACGGCUCCUGGCCCCUGGGGAGGCAAAUCCUGCUCCCGGUGGGGCUGCCCCCAUCCCUCCUGCCCUCUCGCUGCCCGUGUUCGUUGCCCAGAUAAGCCACAGAUCCUGCGGGCAGAUGCCCGCUACCAGCAGGUCAAGGGCGCUGGGCUCCUACCGCCGCUCUCUGUGCUGGUGCGAGCCAACCCGCCCGCCAGCAUCUCCUGGCUGGCCCAGGACAGGCACAUGAUGGCCAACGCCUCCGAGAUCCUCCUCCUGGCUGCCACGCGCCACCAGGGGCUGGCCAACCACUCGCUCCGCAUCCACCUCGGGAGGGCGGCCGGCAACUUCUCCAUCAACGUUGCCAACAGCGUGGGCGUCACCACGGCCUCCCUCCUGCCCCCAGGUCUGCUGGACGCCCGCGUGGAGCUGCCCCUCCUGGGCGUCGCCGUCGGAGCCGCCCUGGCCCUGGUCACCCUGCUGGGCCUGGGCUCCUGCGUCGCCUGCCUGGCGUGCCGCCGCGCCAAGCCGGCGCCGGGCGAGGUGAGAGCGGGACCGAGCAGCCCACUCAGCCGGUGCUCACGUUGCAGCGGCUCCGAGCACCUGCAGCCCCAGGGUGCGCGUCUGCCCCGCCAGACCCGCUCCCUGCCCCCCGACCUGCGUCUCGACGACCUUGCGCAGGAGGCCGGAGGUAAGACCCCGAGGUGCCGGUGCAGAGGGACAUGCGGGGCCACAGGUCCUGCCGCGGCAAGGGCCAGAUGUCCCAGCUCACACCCCUUUCCUUCCCCACAGCUUCCACCAAGGAUGUGGGAGCCAGUGGCAGGGGAGAGGAGAGCAGCCUGUCCGGGCUGGAGACCUCCCUGCCACGGCUGGAGACCUCCCUGGUCCUCAGCAAGCUGGGUGAGGGGGCGCAGGCGGGCGAGCAGCUCCAACAGCCUCGCUGCGGGGACGCCAGCCUCUGCGGCCACCCCGAAAGGCGAUGGCAAUGAGCUGCCCUUGUCCUACAGGUUUUGUCCAGCUCCCCACGUCCGGGCGCAUCUACAAAGUGCCGAGCGUGAGCAGCGAUGAGAUCUGGCUGUGAGGCGGCGCGGUGCCCGGCACCAGGUAUGUACCAGAAGCGCAGCCCAAGGUGCCGGGGGGUCCGUGCCGGGUGCCCAGCAGCCCCCGGCUGUACGCUAAGGUACACGCUGCAGGCCGCGGUAGCUGUGCUGUUGGCCAAGGCACGUGUUUUUGUAGCCCAUGCACUUUACAAACAGACUAUUAUAUAUUAUAAUCGGAACGCAUUAAAGCUGUUUAUAGCCAGGCUCUGCCAAGCUGUUAGUGCCACGAUUCCUCCUGGGGUAAGGCCAAGCACCAGCCUUGUUUUAGCAGGUUCGUGGCCGGCGCCAUCCUCGCCACCCCCGCCAGAGCCAUGGCAGAUGGGCGGGCAGCGUGGCAGGGGCUGGAGACUCGUCCCAACAGCAAUAAACUAAAGAAGUCAAGCGUCUGUGUGGUGCCGCGCUGGUUAUUUCUCCUUGUCAGCAGCUAAGGGUCUCGAGAACAGAAAAAGGGGCUCGAGACUACAGGGCAGAGGGGUCUGGAUAUCCCCAGAGCAGACCUGGGAAUGCACCGGGCACAUCCACGUGUCGUGUCUGAGCGCAGAAUUUAUUCCCACUUUAUUCCAGCACUUGCAGUGUGCGCUCAAGGAGCCUCUGCCCCGCAGCGCCUGCCGCACAGGGAGCCU